CUCGAGCGCCGCCGCGCGGCACGCAUGGCGCCCGCGGGCCCCGCCAUGGCGGCGGCCGACCUCGCCGUGAGGCAGCGGCCCGCCUCCGCGACCUGCGCGGGGCGCCCGCGCUCCGCGGGCCCGGGGAAGCCGGUGCGCCAGAGAGCGGCGAAGGUGAUGGCCAGCGAGCUCGGGGGCGCCCUUGACGCCACGAAGCCGCUGCAGCUGCCCGAGCUGCCCCUGGUGCAGCAGAGGCAGCAGCACGGGCUCCACGGCGCAAUGCUCGACGGCCUCGCCGCGGACUUGCACCACAGGACGGCACUCAAUAUCGGCCCCGUCGCCGCGCACCCUCCUGGUUAUCAUUGUGAUUGUUGGUGGUUGUCAUUAUACGGGGCUGUAUGCAUCCGUAGAG